AUGCGUGGAAUGAAACUGGUUAUUCCAAAAAUGCUUCGAACCCGUAUGUGCCAACUAGCACACGAAGGACAUCCGGGACAUUCCGCGAUGAAAAGCAGACUACGAGACAAAUGUUGGUGGCCGAAUAUGGAUCAGGAGGCUGUGAAGAUGUGUGACCAAUGCGAGGAAUGUCGCCUCGUUCAUGCGGCAGCCCCUCCUGAACCAAUGGAACGACGGAAACUACCGGAAAAACCCUGGAUAGAUUUGGCGAUAGAUUUCUUGGGCCCGUUGCCUUCAGGAGAAUACAUACUGGUUAUUAUUGAUUACUAUAGCCGAUAUAUGGAAAUAGAAAUAAUGAAACGAAUAACAGCACAGGAGACGGUUAAACGAUUGCAGAAGAUUUUUCGAACGUGGGGAUACCCCCGGACAAUAACUCUAGAUAAUGGGAAACAGUUUGUCUCCCAAGAAUUCGACGAAUUUUGUAAAAGAACUGGCAUUGUCUUAAAUCACACUACGCCAUAUUGGCCGCAAGCUAAUGGCGAAGUGGAACGUCAAAACCGAUCGUUGCUAAAGCGACUGAAGAUCUCUAAUGCGUUAUAUGGGGAUUGGAAGACCGAACUAGACGAUUACCUGAUACUUUAUAAUAACAAUCCUCAUAGUGUAACUGGACAACCACCAAGUGAGUUGCUCCAAAAUCGUAAAUUGAGAUUUAAGAUACCGCAGACAGACGAUAUUUCUACAACACCACCGAUAACGGAGUUCCGUGACCGUGAUUUAAAACAAAAAUUUGACAGUAAAAUGGCUGAAGAUGUUAGGCGAGGCUCAAAACCGAGUGUUCUUGAGCUCGACGAUACAGUUUUAAUGAAAAAUCUCCUACCGAAGGAUAAACUCUCUACCGAUUUUUCGAAAGAAAAGUUCAAGGUCAUUGAGAAAAAAGGAUCAAAUGUUACCGUAGAAUCGCAGGUUACCGGAAAGCAGUUUGAGAGAAACUCAUCCCAUCUUCUAAAAAUAUUAGAAAAUGAUACGGAGUUGAGUGAUUCAUCUUUACGGGAGGAAAAGGAAAAAGACGUCAACAUACGACGAUCAUCAAGGAUUGCAAAACCAUCAGUACGAUACUCACCCUGA